UGGGGUUUCUGACAUACUCGCGUUCGGGGGUAAUAGGAAGUGGGAAUACGGAACAUAUCGGUGACAUGUGGACGUUUCCUUUUCCUUUUUCUUCGUCUAUAGAUAUAAGUGAAACAAUCUUGGGGGGAUUGUCUAACUUCGUAUCUCCUGCAUGGGAGGUCCGAACGAACGCCGAAGUCAAUUGUCGAUGAUGUGAUCCAUUGGUUGUUCUCCGCACCACCGAUUUAAGCAAAUGUCUUGGCGGUCCAGAUCGGCUGACAUAAUCCUACUAUCCUGUUUGGGAAGAUAAUAGCUUCAGCCUGGUGUUAAGUUUUCUUUGACGCCUAGCCAUAGAAGCGUGAUUCUGUUAUUGUUCGGCCCAACUACCUCAGAUAUGGGCUAGGUGAAUGCUUCCAUUCUUCAUGUGACGAUCGUUCGUCAUGUCUUCUUCCCGACUACUUCAUCCCGACGAGUAUGAACUGGAAACUCGCUCAUCCGUUGACUCCCAGGGGAGCUUCAACUUAGACGAGGCCGACUUUGAGUCGCAAGUUCCACCUCGACCCCGGCGACUCUUGCGCCGGGUGCCUUUUUUAUCACGGGUUUUUGCUUCGACUUACUCUGGAUACCGUCGUCUCAAAACGUCCCGGCCCUUGAUCUCGGCUUCGGCGCGACCUAGCUGUUUCCGACGCAUCCUGUUUCGUCGGGCCUGUUUCUACCUACAUGCCGUCGUCGGUAUCAUUCUUGCUCUUCUUAUCCUCACUGCAAUCUUGCGGCCCUCAUAUACCCGGCAUCCACCCCAUUAUACAGCACUUCGAUCGACCGUCUCACAUUCAAGCGCCUCUGGCCGGGGGAACCCUGGCAAUGAAAAGGUUUUCAUAGCUGUUAGCUUAUAUGAUCGUGGCGGGAAGUUAGCGCAGGGACAAUGGGGCUCUACUAUUCUUCAACUUAUCGACUUGCUUGGAGAGGAUAAUGUUUUCCUAAGUAUCUAUGAGAAUGACAGCGGACCAGAGGGUGAGAGUGCGUUACGAGCCCUAGAAAACCAGGUCGCAAGCAAUAAGUCUAUUAUAAUCGAAGAGCAUUUCGACUUGAGCACCCUGCCUAGGGUGACUAUUCCCGGGGGCUCUAAGCGCACUAAGCGUAUCGAUUAUUUGGCUGAGGUCCGUAACCGAGCCUUACGGUCGCUGGAAGAGUCUAAAACGCAAUACGACAAACUUUUAUACAUCAACGACGUUUUCUUCGAUCCAGUCGAUGCUCUCCAUCUCUUGUUCUCUACUAAUGUGGAUGACGACGGUGUCGCUCAAUACCGAGCAGCGUGCGCUGUUGACUUUUCUAACCCAUUCAAGUUCUACGAUACAUAUGCAACGCGUGAUGUGCAGGGCUAUGGCGUGGGCCUUCCGUUCUUCCCUUGGUUUACAACCGCUGGAGGAGGCCAGAGCCGACGGGAUGUUUUAGCAGAAAAGGAUGCGGUGCGAGUCCGCAGUUGCUGGGGAGGAAUGGUGGCAUUCGAUGCACGAUUCUUUCAAGGCAGUGCGAAGCCCGCAGUUGAAAUGGGAGGAGAACAAUUCCCUGUUCGUUUUCGUUCUGCGCCUGACUUGUUCUGGGAAGCUUCUGAAUGCUGUCUCAUCCAUGCCGACAUCGGUAAGCCGCCAUCGAAUGGGGAUGAGAUCGUGGACACUGGGAUCUACAUGAAUCCCUUCGUACGCGUGGCAUACGAUGGCCGCACCCUAUCUUGGUUGUGGACAACUCGACGGUUUGAAAAACUCUACUCUUUAAUUCAUAACAUUGGUAGCCAUCUUGCGGGUAUGCCUUGGUUCAAUCCUCGUCGAUCAGAAGUUCGUGGUCAGGCUGUUGAAGAGACGGUCUGGGUACCGAAUGGCAAAACCGAUGGAGGUGGGUCUUUCCAGUUAGUUACACGAAUUCCUGGGAGUGACGGUUAUUGUGGACGACGAGGGCUCCAAGUCAUCGUCGAAGACCGCAAAGAGGGCCAGGACGGGUUCGAAAGUAUACCGGUACCAACGUGAGCCUUUGACAUGAUCUUCUGCCGAAGAGAGUGACGUGCAAAUCCUCUUCCUGGAAUAUGGAGUUACAACGACGAACUAUUCUUGUGAAAUACAUUAAUGAUAUCAGAGACGUACAUAAUGAAUGGUCAGAAACUACUAGAAUUCAGCAGUUUCCUUCAUAAUAGCCUGACGUUUGUAUUGAAUAUCUGAUUUAAAGCUGAAUUAGACCUAUUGAUUGUCUCAACAGGUAAGCUUGAAAGGCAUUCAUGUGUUUGUUAAAUCACAGGCAUUGCGUUACUUCCCUUUGAUAUUGUCAUUGAUCGAUGUUGACUGAGAGAGCUUUUGUAGUUAUUUAUCAGUCAUUUCUUCAUUCACUGUGUGGCUAAAACAAUAGCAGAUUGAUGCCAUCAUCUCCAGGUCAGUAACAGAUGCUUGCCUUGGACAACUCCUAUAACCCCCC